AGGUGUGCCACCCUGCCUUCACAAUGCGUCACAUGCAGCCUGUGGAGCGGCGGAUCUCCAUUCGAGUCAGCACUGAAGUCACCUUCGCCGGGCGGGCUUGUCGGCGCCCAGAUCGCCGGGUCCGCCGCCCGGGUCCUGCAGAAUGUUUGCUUCUGUAAUUAGUUCCCAGCACGUGGGAUGCUGCGGCCCGGGACCACAAUUGUCAGAGCCGCCCCUCUAGACUGUCAGGUUCACUCUGCAGUAAGAGGCAGGUUGGGAGUCUCCUCUAGCCGACGUCGGGUUUCUCAGUGCAUGCUUCCUCCUCGGCGCUGAUGUCAGAGAACCUGCCUCCUAUGGUCUCCAGGAGCGUAACUUUCAACACCACGCACAGUCCAGCUUGGGAAUUAACGGGCAGUUCCAUUCACGAUGGCAUUGAAUAGAACAGAUAUCCAGGAAAGGGGUGACGUCGUGGGAGAUGGCCAAGCAAGAAGACCCGGGAGUCAGUCUCUCCACCAGAAUGACUCUCCAGCAGGCAGGCGCUGUCAGGACCCUGGACAGGAACUCUGCAGCUUCCAGGAGAGAAAGCAUGGCCCAGAAUCCACAGACAACAGUUCUUCAGUCACUGAAGAAAAGAAGAAGCGUGCAAAAAAAGGCAAAGUGUCCAAGACUGUUCCUGGCCAGCCUGUGAAUCCUUUCCACAUAUCUGGGGAUGUGGACUUCUUCUUGCUCAGAGAACAGGAGCGGAACAAGUCUCUCUUGGACCGGGAGCAGAAGAAGAAGCUGCGGGUGCACGAGAAGAUGACCUACUCGUCCAAAGUGUCCGCCAAGCACACCAGCCUGCGCCGUGAGCUGCAGCUGGAGGACGAGACGGAGGACCAGGAAGAGCGGGCUGAGCAGCUGCGCAGCUUCCACGAGCAGGUGGCCUGGAAGCUUGCCAUGACCCGAGAAAAGAAGCUGGAGCCCAAUGACAUCAACAGCUACGUGGACCAGAACCGGCAGAUGUUUCUCAUCCAGUACGCCCUGGACAUGAAGCGGAGUGAGAUCCAGAGGCUGGAGAGGCUGGCGGCCCAGGAGGAAGCCGAGCUGGAGCGGGCGGAGAAGUUCCUAGAGGAGGAUGCAGCCCUGUUUGACGAGUUCCUCAGGGAGAAUGACCGCAGCUCUGUGCAGGCGCUGAGAACAGCUGACAAGGAGUCCAAAGCCAAGAUGGAGAAGAUCCUAGAGAUUCGUGAGCUGACCACCCAGAUCAUGAACAUCAAGAGCGAAAUCUCCAUAUUUGAGGACAUGCUGCAGCAGUACAAGGUCUACAAGGACUUCCUGUACAAGCUGUCGCCCAAAGAGUGGCUGGAGGAGCAGGAGAAGAAGCGCUUGGCUCUUAAACAGGCCAAGGAGGUGGUGGAGGCCUUCAAGGAGAGCCUGCUGCUCUCUGUGGGGGACAGAGGAUCGGAGACCAAGGGCAAGCUGAACUCCAGAGAGGGGCAGAGCCCCAAGAAGCCCGCCAAGCUCCUACAAGUGAUGCGGCUGCGCCAGGCACUGUCCACCACUGUCAGCCAGCAGCAGAGCACCCUGCCCAACGUGUCCAGCGGGGUGGAGUCCAAAAGGUCCAGCUCCACCCUCCCUGUGCAGGACGACCUCGACAGCGAUGAUGGGGAGGAGCUGGAGCUGUACUUCACGGAUCCGCAGCAGCUCCUCGACAUCUUCACAAAGCUGGAGGAGCAGAACCUGUCCCUGGUCCAGAACACCCAGGAGAUGGAGGAGGCCCUGGAGGAACUGAGCUUCACCCUGAAGAACACCCAGACCCGCAUGGACCGGGAGGUGAACCAGCUGAAGCAGUGGAUCACCACGCUGAUGAUGUCCAUCGCCAAGGAGGAGGAGACGGCUGCGGAGCUGGAGCUCAAAGCCCGCGUCUUCCAUUUUGGCGAGUUCAAGGGUGAUCAGGAGGACAAGCUGCUGGAGAGUCUGAACUGCAAGGUGCUGGAUGUCUACCGGCACUGCGUGGGUGGCCAGCAGGAGUCCAGCCUGGGCACCGUGCAGAUGCUGGCCACCAUCGAGCACCAGCUGGACGAGCUGCUUGAGAACCUGGAGCGCGUGCCCCCGGCCCGUGUUGAGCAGGCCGAGAAAGCCAAGGAGAAGGAGAGGCGCCUCCGACUCCGGGAAGAGAAGGCGAAGCUGCAGAAACAGCUGCAGGAGGAGCGACUGCUGCGCGCACAGGCACGGGCCCAGGCCGAGGUCAAGAAGAAGCGGGGCCGGAGGCUAGUGUGCCGAUCCCGGCCGCCCGCCCCGAAGACCACGGAGCGGUCCAAGCGCGAGCCGAUGGACGAGGACCGGGAGGAGCAGCUGUUUUUCUUCGCGUAGCGCGAGCGCCCCCUGCUGGCUGAGCGGAAGCACGGCGGCGCGGGGAGCAGAGGCGGAGCCUGCGCCCCAGCACGCCCCUCACCGCCCACUCUGCCUCCAGACUCACCUGGAAUAAAAGCUGUGUCGCGUGGGUACCUCCAGGCCUGUCUCAGGAGGCAGACACAGUAACAAAAUGUCAGUCUCCUCUCAUUUGUCACUUAAACCAGGAAAUGACAAGGGAUAGAGGAAGAGGUGGUUAGAUGGCAUCACCGACCGAAUGGACUUGAGUUCGACCAAGCUCUGAGAGAUAAUGGAGGACAGGGAAGCCUGGUGCGCUGCAGUCCAUGGGGUCCCAAAGAGUCAGACGUGACUUCGUGACUGAACGACAAUGAUAAGGGAUGAGCCCAUUUGGAUUUCCUGUCAGUCAGCUGCUGAGACAGACGUCCUGUGGUGACUGGGGUGUGGGAUCAAUUGCGGUUCUGCACAAGGUGAGAUGGGAGAUCAACUGCAUGUUAACCUGAGGUGACGGGGUAAAAACUGCAGUGUAAACCCAGGUGAUGUGUGGGAGCCACCCUAGAUCCACCUUGGGAUCUUCUUCAGCUCCACCCAACGCUGACGGGCUGUAGGAUGACUCCGAGCUGCCAAGGAACUCAAGUGUGGCAACAAGCACGGUUACACUCGA